CCCCACAAGCUGCUACUCUCAUUCCCUUUUCCCUCCCUAUUCUCUCUCCUACUGUUAACGUUUUCUGUUUUCUUUCCGUCGACGUUCUGGCUGCGUCCCAAGAAUCUCUGACGCCGUUGUCGGUUUUCUCCGGCCACGGCUACUUCCAACGGAUGGCGACGACGACCACGGAGUUCGAUCUCGAUUACGAGUUCCCCGAUCUCGAUUACGACCUUCGCUAUCUCAGUCUCGCCGGAAUCGAUGCCCUCACCGCUUUCCAAAACCUAUUACCGGAUGCGGCGAUGACUUCAUUUUCAGCUUGUGGACUAAUAGACCCUCAUUGUUCUCAAAACCUCACUCCCAUGCAUUCCACCAUCACUGCUACCAUUGAUUCUCAGUCAACGAUUUGCGCCACCAGUAAUGUUGGGAGCCCAAUCUCGGCAAAUAAACCAGAGGGCAGAGAGAAUCGUACCAAAGGAGCCACGAGUGGUUCCUCUGAGCCGUCUGAUGAGGAUGAUGAAGCAGGUGCUUGUGAACAGAGCACAAAUCCAGCUGAUAUGAAGCGCCUUAGAAGGAAGGUUUCUAAUCGCGACUCUGCUAGAAGGUCAAGAAGAAGAAAGCAAGCGCAAUUGUCUGAGCUUGAGUUGCAGGUUGAAAAACUCAAAGUGGAAAAUGCAACCCUAUACAAGCAGUUCACGGAUGCUAGUCAACAUUUUCGUGAGGCUGAUACGAAUAACCGAGUGCUAAAAUCAGAUGUAGAAGCUUUGAGAGCCAAGGUGAAGUUAGCGGAGGAUAUGGUCACUAGGAGCUCUUUUACUACGUUAAACUAUCAGCUUCUUCAGACACAACAACAUCAAAUGAGCACACCCCCGCAACUGAACACGACUAAUCUUCGCCGCAUGGCGCAUGUUUCGCCAACCAUCACCGUCCAUGGUAAUGAUGCCUCAUACAAUGGUGUAACAGUUGGUGAACAGAAUUCAUCAGCACUUGGAAACUUGGAUAUGACUUUCAACAACAUCAACAAUGGAGUCAUGAACAAUGCUAUGAGUUGUGGGACUAUUUGGCCACUUGAUUAGACUCUAGCUAUGUUAUUUGUCUUGUCUAAUUUGAUUAGUAGCCUAUGUUAAUGUCAAGCUGUGUUAUUUGUCUUCGCUUGAUUCCUCUUUAAUGAUGCCUCUGUUUAAAAUGGUGUCUUCUUUCGUUGUAUCUAGUUUUGUAUAAAAGGACAUGAUUGCUUUAUCCAUUUCUCUGAAUGUAAUUGUAAAAAGACAAACAUCUCACCUUGCCA